AUAUACAGACAUCCUCAUAUUCUCCUAAAACCACAAAGACAACACUUGUUCUCCUCAAACUCCACGAAUACUAAGAAAACUCAAAUUUCAUGGCUUCUUCAUUCUUCUUCUCUCCGGUUCUCUUCUUCGUUUCCGCCAUCUUCCUUCAAGGAACCCUAGGUGAGAUUGUAUGUGACGAUUUGCCAACAGAGGUUUGCUCRUUUUCUAUUGCGUCGUCCGGGAAGAGAUGUUUGUUGGAGAACUUUGAGAACAAUAACGGGAAGACGGGAUAUCAAUGUACAACAUCGGAAGUGGUGGUGGAGAGGAUGGCGGAGUAUAUAGAGACYGACGAAUGCGUUAAGGCUUGUGGYGUUGAUCGCAACUCGGUCGGGAUUUCGUCCGAUUCUUUGCUCGAAGCACAAUCCGUCUCCAAGAUCUGCUCGCCCGCUUGCUACCAAAACUGCCCCAAUAUCGUUGACCUUUACUUCAAUCUGGCCGCCGGUGAAGGAGUAUAUUUACCAGAAUUGUGCGAGAAGCAACGAAGCAACCCUCGUCGUGCCAUGGUCGAGCUUUUGAGCUCCGGUGUUGCCGCAGGUCCCGUAUCUAGUGAAAACAUCCGUGGUGCUCCCGCUCCGGCUUCCAUAUAAACCGAAUUUUUAUACGUUACAUUUUCGAGCUCGUCUAAAUUUGUUGUAGAUGAGAUGGAGGAAUAAUCGUUGGAUUAGAUUUAGAGACAAUAUUUGUUGUUAUAUACACACACGUGUAUAUAUGGGGGCUUUUUUUGUUUUAAAAAUUAUUUACGAUAUGAUCAAUAAAUGUUCGUUAUUUUUUA